AUGUCCGAUACAAAACAUAAAAAAUGUGAAUGUUGUGAGGAGUAUGGAAAUGCUGUGGCUUCCGGAUUGUUUCGUAAAAAGGAAAUAGGACGUGAUAUGAAAGAACUACUCAAAACUGGUUUAAACCGAUGUUUAACAACAUUAGAUUUAAUAGCAUAUGGAUUAGGAUCCAUGCUUGGCGGGAGUAUAUAUGUACUAACAGCAUGUCGUAUACCAAAGGCUGGUUCUUCAUAUACAUACAUUUAUUUUAUCAUGGGUGAAUUUCCUGCUUUUAUAACUGGGUGGGCAAUACUACUUGAGUAUAUACUAGGUAUAUCACUUGUUGCAAGAUGCUGGAGUAGUAUGCUUGACAGUCUUGCAGACAAUCAUAUAAGUAAAUGGACAAUACACAGUGUUGGUAGAUUAUCUCAUCCAGGUGGUGUAUUAGCUGAACAUUAUGACUUUGUCGGUGUAUUGCUGAUUAUUAUAUUGUCAGCUAUAUCUUGUUGUGGAGUUCGUGGCAGUGCAAAAGUGACAGCAGUUUCAAUUUUUGUAAAUGUUGGUGUAUUAACAGUGACAUCAAUCUAUAUGUUUGUAUACAGCAAAACAGAAUAUUUAUAUAUCACUUCACCCAAUAUUACAGUAGAUAAAUUAUCGCCAAAUCCAAACUUUUUACCAUUUGGAAUACCAGGCUUAAUAGGUGGUACAGCAAUUUGUUUUAAUGUAUUCAUUGGUUUUGAUGCAAUAUCAACGUGUGCAGAAGAAGCUAAAAAUCCUAGUUACAGUCUACCUAGAGCGAAUAUUGUAGCCGUUAUAAUUUACCGAGAGUUCAUUUUAAGUGCAUUAAAAGGUAAUACGCUAAAUGGUGGACCAGAAAAUGUACGAACUGGAAUGUUUUAUUUUGUUGGUGUUGGAUCAUUAAUUGGAUUAAUUGCCUGUUUAAUUACUUCAUUAGUUGCUGCACCAAGAAUUAGUUAUGCUAUGGCUCAAGAUGGUCUUAUUCCGACUAUUUGUUCCCAUCUUUGUCAACCUUUUAAAACACCUGCCAUUUCAACAACAUUCGUCACAAUUAUAACAGCCUUACUAACAUUGAUUUUCAGUGUGGAUAGUUUAGCCGAUUUUAUGAGCUUAGGGACGUUAAUCGCUUAUUCCAUUACUGCAAUAGCUAUUAUAUGUAUACGUUACAGGAAGCAAUCUGAUAGUCCACAAAUAUUGACUGAAACUGAUCAAAUACAAACAGACAGCAUUGAAAAGGAUAAGCCUGUUAAACAAGUGGAACAUUUCAAAAAACGUAUUGAUAAACCAGGAUUUGUAAAAUAUCGUUAUGCUCGUUGUAUACCUAAUUGUAUAUUGAAGAUUUUCAAUUCCGGUUCACCUGGUGAUACAGUUGUUAUGAUCAUGGCUACUUAUAUCGUAUUAAAUGGUGUUUUAAUUAUGUGUUUGACAAUAGGAGCGAAACAUGAAUUGUGGCCAAUAUGGAGAAUUGUUUGUGUAGUAUUCAUUUUAGCAUUACUGAUAUCCUGUAUAGUAUUGAUGAGCAUUUUUAAACAAUUUGGACCACCUUACAAAGGUUUGUUCCAACUUCCCUAUGUUCCGUUCAUCCCAUGUGCAACGUUAACUAUAAACGUAUUUUUGAUCAGUGAGCUUUCAUGGGUUACCUGGAUAAGAUUUACUAUUUGGAUAGUAAUCGGUCUGAUACUUUAUUUUGGAUUUGGAGUAAUGAACACAUAUCGACUAUCUAAAGAUAAUGAAAGUGACAAUUCACAAACUUAUCUACAUGAUCCAGACGAUGAGAAAGAAUUCGAUAAAACUUACAUAUCUACAAACAAGGCCACAUAAGAAGUCCUUUAUGAAUAGAUGGUGAUAACAAAACAGUUGGAUUCAAAUUUCUUGUAUUUUUCUUUUCAAACUUGUUUAUCUUCUUAAUUCGUUUAUAUUUUACCACAAAUAUUAUGACUUCAACUCAAAUUACUCCUAUCAUCUCAUUUGUAGAAACCAAGAGAUCGUCAUCCUCAGUACUCAAUGAUGAUAAAUAAUACUUAUAGCAA